AUGGCGACAGCCGCUGCUCCGAGUCCGAUCACCGUUCGCGAGGUCUGGCAACACAACCUCGAGCAUGAGUUUUCCGAAAUCGCACGGGUUCUUCCUCAACAUCGUUUCGUCGCCUUGGACACCGAGUUCCCUGGCCAUGUCUUCCCUGUUACCUGCCGCAACCGUACUCAACUGUCUCCCGCUGAGAACUACCUGUCAAUGAAGCGGAAUGUUGAUUCUACCAAAAUCAUUCAACUGGGUCUUUCACUGUGCGAUGCCAGCGGCGAUUCUUGUUAUGUUUGGCAAUUUAAUUUCAAAGACUUCAGCAAGGAGAAUGAUCUGUUCAAUCCUGACUCAAUCGCGUUACUAGAGCGCCAGGGAAUCGACUUCCAAAAGAACCGAGAAAAGGGUGUAGAUUCGGUGGAGUUUGCAAGGCUAAUCAAAAAGAUUGGUCUCUUAAGAAAUCGGACGAUCACUUGGUCAACUUUCCACGGAGCUUAUGAUUUUGGUUACUUGAUCAAAAUCCUGAUGGGGCGAGAACUGCCGAUCGAUCUGAUGGGGUUUAUGGGUCUGGUGGUACACUUUUUCUGGUACAGGGUGUUUGAUAUAAAAAAUAUGAUCAGACUCUGUGAUGGACUCUAUGGAGGGUUGGAGAGUGUAGCCAAAGCACUUGGGGUGGAUCGUGUGGCCGGAUCGAGUCACCAGGCUGGGUCUGAUAGUCUGCUAACAUUGCAUACCAUAAUGAAACUCAAAGAUGGUCGUUUCUUUGGGAAAUUUUUGAGCGAAUUUCAGUUGGUUCUUUACGGUUUGGAAGUCGACACUGCGCUGUUGACCGCACCAAAAAAGCCGAAGUUGGUUUACGUAUUGCAACCUGGAAGUUGUCAACGCAGCUUCAGAGGAUGUUUUCCAUACACUUACUGUGCUCCAAGAGUGAUUCAGGGUAGAUACGGAUAUUAUGUAUGA